GCCGCUGCUUCCAUCUGGGGAACUUGCCGCAGCGGCGGGCGCACUGAAGUCAAUGAACCUGCUCACGAGAACGUAUUUGCUGGCCAGUCCAAAAUCUACACCUACCUAAGUCCUAACAAAUCUCCUGGUGCUCGUCCUCCACUUCAAGAGGAAAACUCAGUCAUGCCUCAUGAGGUGAAAUGUCAGUGCAAAACACUAAAUGAAACAUGCAAAAGAGGAGAUGGAAAAAAAAGUAUUGUUAAUACAACAGAAGGUGCUAUUAGACCAGAAGGCCAGAAUGAUAAAGAAAGUGGAUCUGACCCUUCAGAGUCCUUUUCUAAUCAAAAACAAGAAGCUGCAGAAAUUCAGAAAAAUGUGUCUCUGCCUUCUGAUUCUACUGAUGCAGCAAAUGCAAAGCAAGCUCAGAAGAAGGUGGUAAAAGCAAAACAUGGACAUGUGAAAACAAAUGCAUAUUUUGGAUGUGUUAAGCAAAUUUACCAGAUUUUCUGCUAUAGACACUUAGGAGCACAAGGGAAAACAUUACAGAAUCGAAAAGUGACAGACUAUUACCCUGUUAGAAGAAGUUCCAGGAAGAGCAAAACUGAAUUGCAGACUGAGGAAAAGAAGAGAAUAGAUGAAUUAAUUGAAAGUGGGAAAGAAGAAGGAAUGAAGAUUGAUUUCAUUGAUGGUAAAGGCAGAGGGGUAAUUGCUACCAAACACUUCAACAAAGGAGAAUUUGUGGUAGAAUACCAUGGGGAUCUCAUAGAGAUCACUGAUGCUAAAAAGCGAGAAGCUCUGUAUGCCCAAGACCCAUCCACAGGUUGCUAUAUGUACUACUUUCAGUAUCUAAGCAAAACAUACUGUGUUGAUGCUACAAAAGAGACUAAUCGUCUGGGAAGGCUGAUUAAUCACAGCAAAUGUGGCAAUUGUCAAACAAAGCUUCACGAUAUUGAUGGCAUACCUCAUCUUAUUCUGAUAGCCUCACGAGACAUUGAAGUGGGUGAAGAACUAUUGUAUGACUAUGGUGACAGGAGCAAAGCUUCCAUUGAAGCUCAUCCAUGGCUGAAACACUAAUCCAUCCUACUUUGGGCUAAGCACCAUUGAAGAGAGCUGAUGGAUUUUUUUUUUUUUUUAAUUUAACACAUCUAUCUGCGUGGAUUGCUUCUUAUAUUUUAAAAUUGUUUAAAAAAACCCUUUUUGCUCUGCAGUAUUUAAAUAUCUGUUACAGGUUUCCAGACAGACUUGAACAGAUUAUCAUAGAUUAUGGAAACUUUUUAUUCAAUUUUGUACAUUUUUGCAAAUAUUGAUCUGUGCUUCCUGAGCAUACACUCAAAGACUUAUGCGUAUUUUAUAAGGGCGGAGGGAAAAAAUUAAAUCUGAAACUCUUGGGUUGUGCUCCUGCUUUGGCAAUGAAAUCUCAUGUCCUGUUUUAGAAGGGGCAAUAUUGACUGUUUAGCUUGAAUAGUGACAGAUGUAUCCUAUGAUUUAACUCUUAAGUCAUUGAUUUGAUUUCCUUGUCAUCCUUUUUAAACCUAGCACUGACUGGCCAAGGACUUUUUCAUGAAUGAAGCAUUGUUUGUAUUAUUCUUAACUAGUCUGUACUAGGAGUCUUUUUCCCAGCACACUGCCCCUUGUUGGCAAAGGCACCAAAUCCACUGCAAUAAUGGAUUGAAUAAUCAAUCUGCCUGCUUUCUUCAGAGACACAACUCCAAUCCAAAUGGAGCUGGAUUUUUAAAACCUGACUUAUUAUCAAUGUGAAGGUAAAACGUGGAAGUCAUCAAAAUGAGGAAUUGUUUUCUAAAAAGUUUGUCCUUUUUUAGUUGGUGGCAGAUUUAAGGGAGUCUUGUUAAAUGGCUUUUUCAAAACACAAAAACAAAAGGCCUCUCUUAAAAACAUAUUACCUUCAAUGUUAAUUGGCCACAUCAGAAACUUAAUUAUUUAUUUACUGUGAAAGCUGGAAGUAGAUCAGAGUGUUUCCAGAAUUAGGAGUCUUGUCUUCAUGUACAGCUUCAGUUUUUUACUUUUGGAGUUAUGUAUAUGCAUUGAAAACAGAUUCCUUAGGGCCUAAUCCUGUAAGCUGUCAUGCACUGUCUGAUCCCAUUGAAUUCUACAGGAGUUGAGGAUGCUUAGUACCUCACUGGUGCAGGCUCAUUAUUAGGGAAACCAUUGUAUGGGAAGGCUAUACAGUGGAGAUCUCUACAGUGAAUAUGAGCUCUUAUCAAUUGAAGUGUUUGCCAAGAUGUGCUUGGCAUGUGUAUAGCUGAACAAUGGCCUAAGGCCACCAGUCACACUUGCUGCUGGAAAAUGUCAGUAAGAUCUGUGACUUUAUUAAUGUUCCCUGUAUCUCCAUGUUCUCAAAGCUGCUCAUACCAUCCAAGGCAGUCUUGUGCACUUGUAUAACACCUAAGGUGAUACAGUCCAACCUAUGUGUUUUAGCAGCAAGAGAGGUGGUUUAGUGAUGUUUUAAAAACAAAAACUUGAAUAUGUCUGUAAAAUAAAAAAUAUAUUUAUUAACUAUGAA